CCACUCACAUAUAAAGACAAAUUUGUCAUCAUCUGCGUGAACAUUUUUGAGUAUGGUCUGAAACAGCAGGAGAAGCGGAAAAUAGAGCUGGACACCUUCAAUGAGUGCAUCCAGGAGGCCAUCCAAGAAAACCAGGAGGAGGGCAGACUCAAGAUUGCCAAGUUCGAGGAGAAGCACUUCAUGAAUUUAAAUAGCAUCCGAGAAGAAUCUGAUCUGCUCAACAUUGAGAAGAAGAUAAUGGAGUGCAGUGAGGAUAUCACUGAGCUAUUCAACGUGCUCAUGACACUGGAGAUGCAGCUGGUAGAGCAGCUGGAGGAGACCAUAAACAUGUUUGAAAGGAACAUCAUUGACUUGGUGGGACUCUUUAUCGAAAAUGUCCAAGGCUUUAUGGCUCAGUGCCGGGACCUUGAAAAUCACCACCAUGAGAAACUCCUGGAAAUCGCCAUCAACACCCUAGAGAAGACUGCUAAGGGUGAGAUAGGCAACGACCUCCCUGAGGAUGUGCGCGCGCUUUUUAUCGACAAAGACACGGUUGUUAAUGCUGUUGGGGCAUCGCAUGACAUCCACCUCCUGAAGAUUGACAAUCGAGAAGAUGAGCUGGUGACCAGGGUCAACUCUUGGUGUACACACUUAGUAGACAAAAUUCACAAGGAUGAGAUCAUGAGGAACCGCAAGCGAGUGAAAGAAAUCAAUCAAUACAUUGACCACAUGCAGAACGAGCUGGACAACCUGGAAUGUGUCGAUAUCGUAGAUUAGAUGCCAGGGGUCCUCUUCAAAAUACGCGACAGCCCUACCUGAGGAGCGGGCUCAAUUUACCAACCGUCUGGGGAGAGUUACUGGGAAUUCCUAACCCAAGUCUCCUCUUGACAUUACUCCUUCCCCACCCGUGGAAAAAGUUCCGAAUACAGAGAAAAAUAAAGGAUUUAUGUCA